AUGGCCACGGGGGAGGGAGAGGACGUGGGCUGUGGCUUUAGGUUUGGCGGCCAGGGAUGGGGAGGGAAGAGGGGUGGACGCCAGGGAGGUGGUUGGAGCCUCAGGAUCCGAGAAGGGCCUGGACGCGGUGGGACGGGCCAGGGCAGGGGACGCGGAGAGGUGGGGACAGGUGGUGGCUCUCCUGGCAGUAGGGCGCAAGGCAGUCCAGGGCAGGAGGCAGGGGACGCGGUGCGCCGGGCCCUCACCGCUGCUGAGCGUGGACUCGCAGUGCCAGAUGUCCAAGCUGGCGGGUUUCCGGCAGGACUCCCACAACGACAGGUAGUACUGGUGGUCAGCUGUGACCCAGGCCGGGCUCAGCACCGCCCCCAGAUCCAGAUACAGCGUCAGGAAGAUGCACAACAGCCCGACCAGCUUCAAGGGGAGUCAACACCGACACGCGCACCUCCUCCAUGCCGCUGCCCGCCGAGGACGCCAGGCGGGUCCGGGGAGCUAGGAGCCCGACCUCCCGAGGGGAGAAGCCACCGAGCCCCCACGCACUGGGACUCGCUCCCUCGGGGCUCUGCGCGCCCCCUGCCGCGCGACCAAGGUGGGUCUGCGGAGGCCGCCGGCCGGGUGGGGGUCGUCGGCAGCCGCAGCGACGUCGAUUCCACCCCUGACCUUCGCCGCCGGCCCCGCGCCCGCUCCGCCCCGCUCGACCGGGCUCGCUCCGUCCCGGCCCCUCCCCAGGCUGCGGGAGGUGGUGCCGAACAGGGAGGGGCGGAGGGCCAGCACCCGGUGACUUCGGCUCCUGCUCCCAGGGCCCGAGGCGCGCGCGGAUCCCGCCCCUACCGCGGCCCUGGCCCGCGGAGGGAGCCCGGUGCCAGCCCGCGCCCCCGACUGGCGGCGCGCGGCAGUUCCUUGAAGACGCUAGGUACCCAGCCGCGCUGGCUCCAAGUCACCUAGCUUUCUCCUCCUUGCCCCGUCAGGAGCAUUUCCGUUUUCAUUGUAUUAAUUUUAGGUGAGCAGCAAGAUGUUUUGAUGUACAUAUCCAUAGUGAAAUAAUUACCACAGAUCUAUGGAGAAGUGAACCCAGAGAAUUUGCACUGACACCCAUGGACGGAAGCAUCAAACAUGGAGAGCCCGUGUUGAGAUGGUGGAACUACAAGACGAAAGCAGCCUGAAUCUCUGGUUCAACUGAUAGCAGAGAGCCUAUGCUAACCCAUGUCUGUUUUUUUGUGUGCAAAAUAAAUAAAUAUUUAUUGUUAUAAGCCAUUCAGAUUUCAAAUUUUCUCUGUUUCAUCAGCUAGGAGAAACUA